AGAUAAUCUUGUUGAGGGAGAAAAGAAACCUUCAUUCGGUUUCGAUUACCAUCAUUACUCUAAAUACAAUAAAACACUAAAAUAUCAACACACGCAUUUUCCGGCGCUUUCUGAUUUUAAAGUUCUUAAUUUUUAUUACUCGAUUUUUCGUGCAAAUAGUGAGAUAAUGGGGCCGACAAGACUUGGAUUGCGAGCAUGGCUUGAAGUUCAAGUUAACAGUGGAAUGUACAAAGGUUUACACUGGAUAAAUCAAAGCGAAGGUAUUUUUCAGAUGUCAUGGAAACACGCUUCAGGGCAAGAUUGGAAUAGUGAGGACGCUUCGUUAUUUAAGCAGUGGGCCAUUCACACUGGAAAAUUUCGAGAAGGGAUUGACAAACCAAACUACAAAACUUGGAAAGCUAACUUUAGAUGUGCGGCUAACUCUGUAUCAGAUAUUAAAAUGCUCAGAGGAAAAGGAGAACUUAAAGGGACAAAUGCGACGCGAAUAUUUAAAUUUUCUAAAAACACAAAGAGUAGGACAAAUGUUUACAGAAAAAACUUUAAAAAGACUGCUAUUGAGAAGGAACAUGAAAUUAAGAAAACAAAAACAGAGACCAAAUAUCUAACUCGGUCGAAAUCAAUCAUUCAGAAAAAACAAGAUCAGGAAAAAAGUCCAAAAAAAGAAAGAAAAAGUUCAAGUGAAGAAUUUGAGAAUUUAACCAAAGAUAUAAAAUUUAAAAUGCCCGUUGAAGAUAAGAAAUAUAAGUUGCCCGUAGAAAAUGAAAAGUAUAAAACUUUUACUGAAAAGGAAGAAUAUAAAGUUCUCACUGAAAGUGAAAAAGAAAACAGUCAAAUGGCAGGAAAAAAAAUAUUUCCUUUAGAUUCAGCCGUUGAUUGUUUGUCUGAGUUCAAAGUACAAAGUUGGAAUAAUGACUGGCUAAAUAAGAAUACAACAGCAAACAAUGCAAAUAAUUAUGACCGCACAUUGGUGAAUAACAAUAGUCUGGGUAUUAACUACAAUUGUUGUGAAGAUAGUUACAAUUCUGAAAUUAUAAAUUGUUUUGAUACACAAGAUCUAAUUUUUGAUUUCUAUAUGGGUACUGAGUCUUCAUCUUCUUUACAAGAGUGCUUACAAGAAUAUAGUUUGCAAGAAUGCGUUUUUCAUCAAAUGACCGAUCCGCUUAAUUACUUUGACAUUGAAUCAUCCGAAUCCGAAUCGUUUUUUAUUAAUAAUAUUAUCUCUGAUACCGACAGCUUAUACAGGCAAAUCGUUCCGAACAAUCAUUCUGUUGGAAAUCAACCAAAUUUCAAUAAUAGCGAUAUAAAGAAGGAAAACGAUAUUAUAGGUUCUACAGACAUCUUUUAUAUAUAAAUGCAAACAAUUAUUCUGCAGAGAUCUGAAAUAGUUUGACUAACUAUAAAAGAUUAAUGUUGAAUAAAAAUUAAAAAGAACAAUAUUGACAUUUUUAACCUGAUAUCCAUAAAUAGAAUUUUUGUAUUAUCAUUCGAUUUGACUGUAGGCUUUUUUACUAACAUACUAGAAUUAAAUUUA